AUGUUUAGUAGAGCACUAGGACGAUUAUGGGGAGAGAAAGAAGUUCGAAUAUUAAUUUUAGGUUUAGAUGGUGCUGGUAAAACAACCAUAUUAUAUCGAUUUCAAAUUGGUGAAGUAGUCACAACCAUUCCAACGAUUGGAUUUAAUGUUGAAACUGUCACAUAUAAAAAUAUCAAAUUCCAAGUAUGGGAUUUAGGAGGUCAAACAAGUAUAAGACCUUACUGGCGUUGCUACUACGCGAAUACGGAUGCCGUUAUAUAUGUAGUGGAUUCAGUGGAUCGUGAUCGUAUUAACACAGCACGGGAAGAACUGCAUGCAAUGCUCGAAGAAGAAGAAUUACGUGAAUCAGCGUUACUUGUAUUUGCUAAUAAACAGGAUAUGGAUGGUGCGAUGUCUGUAACAGAGGUUUCUGAUUCUUUGCGAUUAGACACGCUGAAAAAUCGGCAAUGGACUAUUUAUAAAACUAGUGCGGUGAAAGGAGAUGGAUUAACAGAAGGAUUGGAUUGGUAA